AUGCCUCUCAACUACCUCAAUAGUUCAGCGGCCGAUAGAGCAACGCGCUGCCACGACGUACGCAACUUCACGCCCGCCCGCCCAAUCAUCCCGGGCUCGCCGGCGCCUCGACCAGAGCGACGUGCUGCGCCUUCAUCAUCAUCCUAUUCCCAAGAUACGAGGCGUGAAGCAUCCCGCUCGCACCACCAGAGCUCCGAGUCCCAGAGCCGUUCCCGGCCGCAUCACUCCAACUCCCAGAGCUUCUCGAUGUUACGCCCGUCGACUCGGACACCACGAUCCCAAUCGCGAUCACACCAGUCAGGCCAUGACAGCCAGCGGGGUCGAACUACCUUCGAUGACUCUCGCAGCGACCGAUACCAACCUUCAUCCAGUAUUGGUAGGACCACUCGUGCUCCCACGACAAGCAGCUACGGCGUGACGACUCGCGCUCCCACGACGAACAGCUACAGUCUGACCACUCGCGCUCCCACGACACGCAGCUACGGCGUGACCACUCGCGCCCCUACGACACGCAGCUACGGCGUGGCCACUCGCUCUCCUACGACAAGCAGCUACGGCAUGACCGCUCGCGCCCCCACGACAUGCAGCUACGGCGUGAUCACUCGCUCUCCCACGACAAGCAGCUACGGCGAUGAAGGCUACCACGUGGAAAUCGGAUUGUCCGGGCUCACAGUGAGCUAUAGCCACGAUGAAUAUUACCCCACAGAGUCUAGGAGUCGGUUCGGCUCUGAGCGACGCUCUAGUUUCGGUUCUGGGUAUGCCGGUAGCGAGCGAGGGUAUCGUUCCAGGCGGCCCAGGCGAUCUAGCUUCGAUUACUGUGAUUGUUCUGGCGAUGAAUCGGAUUGAUGAGUAGUAGAUCCAUCCCGGUGAGUGUCGAAGAGACGCUCCUCAUGACUUUCCCAAAGUCUUGAUUUCAGACGAUAGCUCGGAAUAGUACAUCCGCAGUUUGACAGAUAUCUUGGCUGCUGUUGAUU